AAGGGUUAUUUAAUAAUAAGUGUCUUGCCAACGCAAUGACCCCGGCCAGGACUCAAACCCGGAUGGCUUGACCCGGAUGGCUUGAUCCGGACUCCCAGUCCACCGCGCAUCCAUGCCCUGCAUAUUUAAAAGGAAGUUUCAUAAAUCUGAAUUAGCCUGUGAACAGGCUCCCGUGCCAGCGAGGGUGGAAAGAAAAUUCGGCGAGCGAAGAGAGCGUGGAAUAAACUCGCCUUAAAACCCAACCGGGAGCCUGUUCGCAGGCUAAUCUGAUUUAUCUAAUCUUAGGGUUUCAGUGGCUAGUAUUUCCAGUGUCGGUGUGUGAAAGGCAUAACAUUUUAUAUGGAGGGUCUAUAUCUGUCCAAAAUGAUAAGGGCUUGGAGACUACCUCCUCUCCCGGGUGGUGACUGGUGUAAUUCUCCCGGACUUCGUCACGUGACUUCAAACCACAUGAUCAGUUUUGGCGCCACUUUACAAGCGUCGCUUGUCUGGUUCUGUAACUCGAAGGAGUUUGAUGCACAUUCUUGAACUUCAGUUUUCUUUUAAAACGUUCAGCAAACAUGUUACCUGUAACUGAAGAAAGUGAAUACGAGAAGCAGCGACGUUUGAGGAUUGCAGAAAACCAGGCUAUGAUUGCCAGUCUUUUCCCCAAAGAUAUCUUGCCUUCAUCUCUGAAAUGUUCUCCGAAGCCCUCGAGCAAAAACAGCCAUGUGAAACGAAGACGAUCAGAAAUUUUGGUCCCAAAAAGAUAUCUUCCAAAACGAAAGUGUAGAUCGUUCGUUAGCAAAUAUCAGUCGGAUAGUGACGAUGGAGAAGCAGAAGACGUAGAGGAAAAUGUUGGUUCUCCGAGCGCUCUUGUGAUCAAGUUAUGGAAUUGGCCCUCGCGUAAACGCAACCUGGAAAGUUCAUCCGGCAGUGAAAAUUCUGAUGGCUCACCGAAAAGAAAGCGACGUGCUCCAAACCGCCCACCCAAGCUGCCGGUCAAAAUCACCGAAGACGACUUGAUCCUGGUAGCAGAGCGGGUAGCCGAAAAAAAUUAUGAUCCAGUCAAUGGAACAACAUGUCAUCAAUGCCGUCAAAAGACCGACGAUCUCAAGACAGCAUGCCGUGGAAAGAGUUGUUUUGGAGUCCGAGGACAAUUUUGCGGACCUUGCCUUAGGAACCGGUACGGAGAAGACGCCAAAAAGGCUCUGAUGGAUCCUGACUGGCAGUGCCCUCCUUGCCGAGGGAUCUGUAACUGCAGCUUUUGUAUGAAGAAGAGAGGUCGCCGAUGCACCGGUAUUAUGAUCCACUUGGCCAAGGAACGUGGAUAUAAAGAUGUCAAGUCUUUCUUAGGUGACUGACUUUAAAUCGAGCAUAAAACUUGUUUCUGAAGACAAUCGGGUACAUGCUUUUUUAAAACCAGCUUGUUUUUUAGUAGUUAGGAUUUUUAACAUAGCCUAUAAGUAAUUUUUGCCUGCUUAUGUACUGUGAAAACCAUAUUUUAAAGGGACCUUAUAUUGUAAUCAGAGUUUUACUCUAAAUAUAUUGGAAUUAAUUUUUAAAAUUAGUUGUAAUAUUAAAAUUUCAGUCAUAUAAGUUAUUAGGUGUGAUGCGGUGAUUUCUCUUCAAGGGGUAGCGAAUGGUCCUUCAAAAGCUCCGGGUCUUGUAAAAUUUUAGUC